CGGAAGUCUCGCGGCUUGUGGUGGUCGGGUACCCACGUGGGCCGAACUUCGGGCAGCGCUGCUGGCCCUGCCCCCUGGGACCGCGGGACGCAGGUGCCAUGGGAAAGCUGCGCCGGCGGUACAACAUCAAGGGGCGCCUGCAGGCGGGCCCCGGCCCCUCCAAGGGGGGCCCCGAGCCGCCCCCCGUGCGGCUGGAGCUCGAGGGUGAGGACGUGCUGAAAGGGGUGGAUGCCAGCAACGCGCUUGUCCUGCCUGGCAAGAAGAAAAAGAAGAGCAAGGCGCCGCCCCCAUCCAAGAAGGAGAAGAAGCCGCUGACCAAGAAGGAGAGGAAGGCGCUGCAGAAGAUCUUGGAACAGAAGGAGAAAAAGAGCCAGAGAGCGGAGCUGCUGCAGAAGCUGGGCGAGGUCCAGGUGACCGAGGCCGAGAUGCGGCUGUUCUAUACGACGUCCAAGCUGGGCACCGGGACCCGCAUGUACCAGGCCAAAGAGAGGCCCAAUAAGCUGUCCGCCCCAGGUCAGCAGAGGGUCAACAGCCUGAGCGGAGCCCACCGCAAGCGCCAUCGCCAGCCAUCUACAGAGGAGGAGUCUGAGUCUCAGUCCGAGUCCUCUGAAGAUUCCGAGCCUGAUGAGGCCCCCACUGUGGACCAGGCUGGGGCUGGUGCCACGGCAACCACAGAGCAGCCUCUGGCAGGACCUCCUGGGUCCACCGUGGACACGAGCCCAGCAGCCGGCACAAAGCCCCCUGCAGCCUCCAGCCCAGCUCCUGGGAAAGCUGCAGCCUCUGCCCCGCCCAGGCGCCCCGCCAGGCCUGCAGUGUUCGUCCCCGUGAACCGAACCCCUGAGAUGCAGGCCGAGCGUCUCCAGCUCCCGAUCCUGUCCGAGGAGCAGGUGAUCAUGGAGGCGGUGGCUGAGCACCCCAUUGUCAUCGUGUGCGGCGAGACGGGCAGCGGGAAGACCACGCAGGUGCCCCAGUUCCUCUAUGAGGCCGGCUACAGCAGUAACAAUAGCAUCAUCGGUGUCACCGAGCCUCGCCGUGUGGCCGCUGUGGCCAUGUCCCAGCGAGUGGCCAAGGAGAUGAACCUGUCACAGCGGGUCGUCUCCUACCAGAUCCGCUACGAAGGCAACGUGAGCGAGGAAACCAGGAUCAAGUUCAUGACGGACGGCGUGCUGCUCAAGGAAAUCCAGAAGGACUUCCUGCUGCUAAGGUACAAGGUGAUCAUCGUGGACGAGGCCCACGAGCGCAGUGUCUACACCGACAUCCUCAUCGGCCUGCUGUCCCGCAUCGUGGCCCUGCGCGCCAAGAGGCAGCGGCCGCUGAAGCUGCUGGUGAUGUCGGCCACGCUGCGUGUGGAGGACUUCACCCAGAACCCGCGGCUCUUCGCCUCGCCGCCGCCCGUCAUCAGGGUGGAGUCUCGGCAGUUCCCAGUCACUGUGCACUUCAACAAGCGCACGCCGGAGGACUACAGUGGCGAGUGCUUCCGGAAGGUGUGCAAAAUCCACCGCAUGCUGCCCGCAGGAGGCAUCCUGGUGUUCCUGACGGGCCAGGCAGAGGUGCAUGCACUGUGCCGCAGGCUCCGGCGGGCCUUCCCGGCCUCCAGGUCACGUCCUUCAGGAGAGGAGGAGGAGCAGGACUCGGCCCCGGACAUGCGGAGGUUUAAGAAACCUCGCUCCAGGGCAAAGAAGGCUCGAGCCACGACGCUGCCACAGAUCAGCCUGGACAGCUACUCCGUGCUGCCGGCGGGCGAGGCUGACGAGGACAGAGAGGCGGAGAUGGAUGACGAGGAGGCCGCCCUGGGCUCGGACCUGGACCUUGACCUAGGGGACGACGAGGGCGGGUUGGCUGGAGGAGAGCAGCCGGACGCCUCCCUGCCCAUGCACGUGCUGCCGCUCUACUCUCUGCUGGCCCCGGAGAAGCAGGCGCAGGUCUUCAGGCCUCCGCCAGAGGGGACCAGGCUGUGUGUCGUGGCCACCAACGUGGCCGAGACAUCCCUCACCAUCCCUGGCAUCAAGUACGUGGUGGACUGCGGGAAAGUCAAGAAGCGUUACUACGACCGUGUCACCGGGGUGUCCUCCUUCCGCGUCACCUGGGUCUCUCAGGCAUCUGCUGACCAGCGGGCGGGCCGGGCAGGCCGGACAGAGCCGGGCCACUGCUACAGGCUGUACUCAUCUGCCGUCUUCGGGGACUUUGAGCAGUUUCCUGCUCCUGAGAUCACGCGGCGGCCUGUGGAGGACCUGAUCCUGCAGAUGAAGGCGCUCAACAUUGAGAAGGUAGUCAACUUCCCCUUCCCCACGCCACCCUCCAUGGAGGCCUUGGUGGCAGCAGAGGAGCUGCUGAUCGCGUUGGGUGCCCUGCAGGAGCCUUCAAAAACACAGAGGGUCAAGCAGCUGCAGAGGUCGAGGCUGAGCUGCCCUAUCACGGCCCUGGGCAGGACCAUGGCCACCUUCCCUGUGGCACCCCGCUGUGCCAAGAUGCUGGCGCUUAGCCGCCAGCACGGCUGCCUGCCCUACGCCAUCGCCAUCGUGGCCGCCAUGACGGUACGCGAGCUCUUCGAGGAGCUGGACAGACCUGCCGCCAGCGAGGAGGAGCUCACUGCAUUGAGGGGCCGGCGCGCCCGGGUGGCCCAGAUGAAGAGGACCUGGGCGGGCCAGGGGGCCUGUCUGAAGCUGGGCGACGUCAUGGUGCUGCUGGGUGCAGUGGGGGCUUGUGACUACUCCGGCUGCUCCCGCGAGUUCUGCGAGGCCAAUGGGCUACGCCUCAAGGCCAUGCUGGAGGUGCGACGUCUGCGUGGCCAGCUCACCACCUCAGUCAACGCCGUGUGCCCCGAGGCCAGGGUCUUCGUGGAUCCCAAGAUGGACCCGCCCAGCGAGAGCCAGGUGACCUUCCUGCGGCAGAUCGUCACGGCCGGCCUGGGUGACCACCUGGCCCGCAGGGUGCAGAGCGAGGAGCUCCUGGAUGACUCAUGGAGAAACGCCUACAAGACCCCGCUGCUGGACGACCCUGUCUUCAUCCACCCCAGCUCCGUGCUCUUCCGUGAGCUCCCCGAGUUUGUGGUCUACCAGGAGAUUGUGGAGACCACCAAGCUGUACAUGAAAGGCGUCUCCGAGGUGGAGGAGCAGUGGAUCCCGGCCCUGCUGCCCACCUUCUGCCAGUUCCAGGCGCCCCUGGAGGAGCCCGCGCCUACCUACUGCCCCGAGCGUGGCCGUGUGCAGUGCCACCGUGCCAGCGUGUUCUACCGCGUGGGCUGGCCGCUGCCCGCCAUCCAGGUGGAUUUCCCCGAAGGCAUCGACCGCUAUAAGCACUUUGCCCGCUUCCUGCUGGAAGGGCAGGUCUUCCGCAAACUGGCUGCCUUCCGGGACUGCCUGCUGUCCAGCCCCAGCACGAUGCUUAAGACCUGGGCCAGGCUGCAGCCCAGGACGGAGACGCUGCUGAAGGCCCUGGUGGCUGAGAAGGCUGACUGCCGAGACGCCCUGCUGGCCGCUUGGAAGCAAAAUCCAGAGUACUUGCUGGCUGAAUACUUGGAGUGGCUCCCACAAGCCACGCACCCCGAAGUCCAGAAAGCCUGGCCCCCCACCUCGCAGCCCUGACCAGCCCUGGCUGAGCCCCCGAAAGACAGCUCUGCCCCGGAGUAUGUGGCCCGGGCCAGUGUGGUUUGGGCCGCAUCAGCCUCUGGAACCUGAGGGUGGGGGUCUGCAGGCCUCCCUUAGUGGGGGGCCCCAAGCCCCACCUCAGGGCUCCUCUCUGCCUGGGCUUUCUGUGGAAGCUCAGCAGGACCCAGGUGUGCUCUGAGUUGGGGUGGCCCCCGUCCUCGUUCUGGGGGCCAAUGUGGAGAGGACGCAGAGGACAGUCCCCAGGGAGAUGGGGACCAGGGCCCUGUCCUGUGUUCUGUGUCCUGAGAGGCCAACUGUACAGUCAGGAUUGGGGCUGGUCUCCAGUGGCCAUGGAGGCAGAGCUUCACACAAAGACUUCUGCCGGGACUCUGGAGGGCACCGGGAACCCCACACGGCCCCCAGAGCUCAGCCGACACCUCCAGCGUCGCCCCACAGCUCUGGACCCCGGUGGCAACCUCGCCACACUGAUGCUGUUGCCUCCCGGCUACUCUCGAGCCUGGAGAGGCCCAGGUUGGGGCAGCUGCUCUGUGGCCUGAGCAGCAACCCCUCAGCCCUCGCCCUGAGCGGAGCUGGGCCUGGUGCUGCUGUUCAGGGUGGCCGUGGGAGCCAGCCGGGCUCUCAGCCUGCAGCUCUCGGCCCUCACUCGCGGUCUGAGCCGGAGCUGUGUGCCGAGCCCUCCGAGACGCUGUGGCUUGUGGACUUCCUGGUUUACUGUUACUCCCACCCGGUGCAGGGCACCUCUCUCCCUGGUGCCCACAGCCUCACCCCGUCUCCCCAGCUCCUGGCUGGAGCCCUCCCCGCCCACCUGCCAUCUGUUUAUCUUUGCCCCUUCUGGACGUUUUGGAUAAAGUCAUGUGAUUUGUAA